ACUCCUCGCCAUGGCCAUGGCCGCCAGCCCCGAGACCCACGGUGGGUGCCGCCGAGCGCAGAUGCCUCACCUAAGCAAGAUGGAGCGGGUGGUCGUGAGCAUGCAGGACCCCGACCAGGGCGUGAAGAUGCGGAGCCAGCGGCUGCUCAUCACGGUCAUUCCGCACGCGGUGACUGGCAGCGACGUCGUGGAGUGGCUGAUUCAGAAGCUCUGCAUCUCAGAGGAGGAGGCCCUGCACCUGGGUGCCCUGCUGGUGAGGCACGGCUACCUGUACGCCCUGCGGGACCCCCGCCCCGCGCUCCAGCUGGACCAGACGCUCUACAGGUUCCAGGUCAGACUCCGCUGGGGGCGGUGGGACCCCCGCAGCCCGACUAGUGGGGACGUCGGGGGCUGGGCCAUCUACCUCGCCAAGAAGAACAUCCGGCAGCAGGGCGCCCUGGGCGGCCACGAGAAGGAGCACUAUGACCAGCUGCACCGGAGGAUCAACCACGCGUGGGACCUGGUGGUGAUGCAGGCGAGGGAACAGCUGCGGGCCGCUAAGCAGCGCAGGAAGGGGGACAGGCUGGUCAUUGCGUGCCAGGAGCAGACGUACUGGCUGGUGAACAGGCCGCCGCCUGGGGUCCCCAGUGUGCUGGAGCAGGGUCCAGAGCGAGGCUCCUGCAUUGCCCGGCGAGUGCAGAUGACCAAGAAUGCGGAUUUCUACAAGCAGGAGAUUGAGUGCUGCACCAAGGCCCUGGGCAGGAUCCGGGUGAAGUCCUCUGUCUGCCUGGAGGCGUAUCUGAAGUUCAGCAGUCAGCAUGGCCCGCAUGACCCCAUCAUGUCGGGGUGCCUGCCCAGCAACCCCUGGAUCACAGAUGAUGACACCUACUGGGCCAUGAACGCCCCCAAUGUGGCUGUGCCCACGAGGCCCCGUGUGGAGCGAUGGGGCUUCAGCUUCCGGGAGCUCCUGGAAGACCCUGUGGGCCGGGCCCACUUCAUGGACUUUCUCAGGAAAGAGUUCAGCGCCGAGAACCUCAGCUUCUGGGAGGCGUGUGAGGAGCUGCGCCAUGGAGGGCAGGCCCAGAUCCCCGCCCUGGUGGACUCCGUGUACCAGCAGUUCUUGGCCCCUGGCGCUGCCCGCUGGGUCAAUAUCGACAGCCGGACGAUGGAGCGGACCCUGGAGGGCUUGCGCCAGCCCCACCGCUAUGUGCUGGAUGAUGCGCAGCUGCACAUCUACAUGCUGAUGAAGAAGGACUCCUAUCCGCGGUUCCUCAAGUCGGACAUGUACAGAGGCUUGCUGGCAGAGGCCAGGACACUCCCGGAGACCAAGAGACGAGUGUUCCCGUUCAUGUGGAAGCCACGGCUUUCGAGCCCAAGCCCUGCUCUCCCUCCUGCUUCUGCUUCAGUGGAACCGGCAGCUACUGCCGGUGGCCCUGGGGCUGCUGAUGGAGAGGCAUAGGUGGGCCUGGGCCUGGAGGAGGAGGCUCCACCCCUCGCCUCUCAUCACCCUCCUCUCACCCAGGGCCCUGGCAGCUGCCGAGACCCCCAGCAUGGGCAUCCCUAGCGCACAGAGGGCGUGGCCUUGCUGUGGGCACACAAGUCAGGCUGCCCAGAAGGGAUUGGUCCAGGUGCUGACUGCCAGGGAGGGGGCGUCACUGGCCGAGCUUGGGUCGCCUGGGGAGAGGUGGGACGAGAUGGGCAAACCAGACCAAGGCCACGCUCCUGGCAUGUCGCCGUCUCCAGCUCCCAGUGCCCAGCCCCACCUCCAGACCGUUACAUCAGCAGGCCAGUACCCGGGAGCCAGAGGCAGACAGCAGGCCUCAAAGCUAAGUCACCCGCUCCACUCUGCUCAGUGGGACCCCAGGGGACUCUCCUCAGCCCCCGAAUGUCGCUGGGCUGGCUCAGCCUUCCAGUGGGUACAGAGCUGCCGCCACGGGGAUUGCCCUGUCACUGCCGCUGUGUCCCAGGCCUGUCCUGAAGGUGCACCUCCGUUUGUGAAGGAACGCCACUCCCCUGGGGGUACAGCGCUGACGGGCUCAGCUGAGGCAGCGCCCCGCCUCCCAAAGCUAGCCUGCUCCUGCCCAUUCCUGGCACAGA